AUGGCUUCCAGGUCGCCUACCGCCGUAACACCAGGCCCAAAAUCAUCUGCACCCGAAACUCCAGCGAUCAACGACUCGCCUACAACGCCGCAGGCCUUCUCUUUUCCACCUCCGCAGACCUUCGAUUUCAUCCCCCCGUUACAUGGCGUGAUUCUCCGACUGCUUGGCCCUCAAGCAAACGGGGAAGGGGCCGCCAAUGCCGGGAAUGACGCUGCUCCUGGAGCGGAUCAAAGCCAGGCGCAACAGCAACAACCAACUUCAGCGGUCGGCAAUGAUAAUAACAGUACUGAACUGCUAGGAGGCGUCUCUGCCUCGGGUCCUGGCCCUACGUCCGCGGCGGCUGAGAUCGCAGCAUUGGGGUCAAACUUGCCUCCCCAACUAGACGCCAAGAACCUUCCGACAGAGGUCAGCUCGAUCAAGAUUCGGAUACAAAAGGCACAAGGCGUGGUGGAGAGCUUACCUGAUGUGGACCGUACGGUUGGUGAGCAGGAAAGAGAAAUUCACGACCUUGAAGACAGGAUAACAAGGCUUAAAUCAGUGAUUUCCGAUUUUGGGAGAAGAGCAAACAAUACUGGAUCUGAAAAGACCAAAGCACUUGGUCCUUGA